ACCUCCUCCAUGAUGGACAGACUCGCAACCCCUCCACCUCAGCCAUCUUCCUCUGUGUCACUUCAGCUGACGCCUGAGCAAGUACGCCAGGUAGAAUUGAACCGUCUUCGUGCCAAGGCCGCCCAAAGGAAACGCGAAGAAGAUGCUGCAGGGUCCAGUGCUGUAAACGCAAACAACAAGCGGCCUCUCGGAGUGACUCCAGCGAACUCCAACUCUCCGACUGCACCGGGUCCGUCAAAGGCUAAGCCACUGAAGCGAGACGCGCGCUAUGGUCCGAUUUUCGAGUUCGAUUUGUCGAAGAUGUCUGACCCUCGAGGUGGAUAUAUGCCGGUGGAGCACGGUCAGGACAUCGACGAGGAGGUUGUCAGGAAGGAAAAAGAGAGAGAACGCCAGCGAAUUGAAAAAAACCUCAAGCUCGACGACCCAAUAUACUUGGACAACUCGCUUAAUCCACAUUGCCGCGAAUGUGGGUCGGUCUCCAUUGAUCCCUCAUACCGCAAAAACUUUAGCUGUCUGGUUUGCAAGACUUGUCAGAAUGAUAACCCAGAGAAGUACAGUCUGCUGACCAAGACAGAAUGCAAACAGGACUAUCUCCUUACUGAUUCGGAGCUUCGGGACGAGAAAGCAUUGCCUCACAUGCUCAAAGCAAAUCCACACAAGUCCACCUACGCCAACAUGAUGCUCUACGCACGAUAUCAAGUCGAGGAGUUUGCAUGGAAGAAGUGGGGUUCUCCAGAGGCACUAGACGCUGAGUACGAAAAGCCUCUCCACUGCUACUUCUUACUGAGCGCCUCCGCCUCCGUUCCCAUCGUCUACUUCGUCGAAAGACUGAGAAAUGGGAGAUCUUAUAUCACGCGUGCAGUCAAGGCGGUUCAGAACGGAAAAAUGGUCUUCUUCAUGAUGUGCUCAUUCCACAAGCCAGAACCCUGGCAGCCCGUUGGGCAAUGGUCCAUGCCACCCAACGUCCCUCCGCCUGAAGACUGCCCUACUGAGGAAGAGCGCUAUCAAGUGCUCCUGAAGAAGGAAGGACUCGAUGCCGAUAUGCGAAAGAUUUACGUCGACAUUAUUGCUGAACGCAAGCGCAGUCCAAUUGCCGUCAAGCCUGCUCUCGAAAAAGACCGUGUCUCGGGAGGCUCAGGAAUGACACGAUACAUGUUCUGGCUUCAGGCGCGAGACAUCCCCAAAUACGAACCGCACUUUCAGAAAUGCAUUCUGAGUUAUAUGUCUGACCUCUACGUUCUGGGUGUGGCUGCACGGACAUUGGGGCUGGAACGAGUCGGAAAAGGCCCAAACGUCAGGAGCAUGACGUCCACCAUCGACCAUGCCGUUGCCUUCUACGACGACACUUUCGAUUGUGGGGACUGGCUGUUGUACGUGAUGGCAUCCCCACGCGCAGCUUCUGGUCGAGCGAUUGUCUAUGGCCAGAUCUACAAGCGAGAUGGGACGUUGGUUGCGAUUACGACGCAGGAGGGCGUGGUGCGAGCAAAUAGAAGAGGGCCGGAGCCAGCGAAACUGUAG